AUGGUAGAAUUCCACGAUGGUAAUCAGAAGUAUUGCUGUGCGCUAGAAGAAUGCUAUAUGGAAAACGUAGAUCUUGUUUUUGUUAUGGAUGAAUCAAAAAGUGUCGGUGAACGAGAUUUUAUGACUGGGCUAAACGCUGCAGCUGACCUGGCUACAUCUCUCAACAUUGGAGCCAAAGUUAAUAGCAGUCGUGUAGGGUUUGUAUUAUUUGGAAACAACGCAAGACUUGGGUUCUCACUUACACAGUACAAUUCUGUGUCAGAAGUUGAAAAUGCUAUAAAAAAUCUAAAUUACGAAUCGGGAGGAACCAACAUCGCCGGUGGAAUGGAUUUUGCGAUUCGGCAGGUGUUUGUGCCGGCCGAACGUAAAGGUGUACUAAAAAUUAUGAUUUUGAUCACAGACGGUGAAGACUCAACAAAC